CUCACCCAAAAAGAGAAAUGUACCACUUUCACAUACUACUGGACAUCAGUCGUGCCCAUAAAUCCGUGGGAAUACUGUACAGAUGCUGGAGCUGGACACAGCGCGCUACACUCCGCCCCGCCUCCUCUCGCCUCUCCACCAAUCACAGCUGGAGGGACCCAGACUGGAGGCGGAGUCAGACUGUCGCUGCUACUCCCACAGCAGGUCACGGGGGUGCCACUGUGCGUAUUCGCUGUGGACGUUUCCAUGGAGACGGUCGCCGGCAUGAAGCGGCGAGAAAAGAGCAGUGUGCGCGGAAUGACGUAAUGUGAUGGAUUGAAGCCGCUGUAGCGCCGGUCCCGCGUGCACUCACUGCUGCUCCGCUCCGCAUCCCUCAGCGGACUCUCUGCGCUCUGCUUUGGAAGACCAAUCCUGGAGCAAACGUACCAUCUCUGGAUUUGUGCUUUUUGAGGAUUUUACAAGACCCGACUGUGAUGUGAAGCUGCAAGAACAUGCCGCUGUGUCAUUUGCAAGUUUUCAGAUCAUCGGGAAAAUGACUUUGUGAAUACAGAAAUGUGUAAUUAUGAAGUUGGGGUCGCUGGUCACAGGGGCCCUUCCCCCCUUCUCGAUGCCUGUCACAGAGCAGCCGUGCUGGGCUUCAUCUGAAGGGAUGCACCAUGGUGUGAUCACACGUCUGUCCUACCCCAGACCCAAUGAAUCGCAUGAAUGAAUGGACAUUACUGUGGCAAAGGGAAUUAGCUCGGUUGCAUAGGGAUUUGGGAUUUGGGAGUACUGGAACCGGUCGGAGAGUGUUGGAUUUUUAUUUGAAGAAGUGCAGUGGAUACUUCAAGGAGUGUUUUUGGAAGAUGUCUGAGAAGGGAGCUGAGGCGUCUACAUCUCAGCCCACAAAGCGGAAGCAGGUGAUUCAUGGUCUGGAAGAUCAGAAAAAGAUCUACACGGACUGGGCGAAUCACUACUUGGCCAAAUCGGGACACAAGCGGCUGAUUAAAGACCUGCAGCAGGAUGUGAGCGACGGCGUGCUGCUGGCUGAGAUCAUCCAGGUUAUCGCAAAUGAGAAGAUUGAAGACAUUAAUGGAUGCCCCAAGAGUCGUUCUCAGAUGAUUGAGAACAUUGAUGCCUGUCUGAGCUUCCUAGCAGCCAAAGGUGUGAACAUACAGGGACUUUCAGCUGAAGAGAUCCGGAAUGGAAAUCUGAAAGCCAUCUUGGGGCUUUUCUUUAGCUUGUCUCGAUACAAGCAGCAGCAGCAGACGCCGAACAGACAGACGCACACGCAACACACACAUUCACACGCUCCCUUAAGCCAGCAGAGCAGCGCUCCGGCCCAGCUGACCUCCACCUCGCAUGGGACGCAUACACACAAAACACAGCCAGAGAUGCAGUCCAGGGAUGGCUCUCAGAGUAAACUCAAGUUUUCCAUUGGUCAGAAAAAGUCUUCUAGAUUACCUGGCCCCACCUCGAGGAUGUCCACUGCGGGCAGUGAGAGUUCUCCUCGAGGGUCCAUCAGUUCAGCAGGGAAUCGCCGCAGUCAGGUGUUCAGCGAUAAAGCCAAACCUGCAGCAGCUCAGGCCAAAGAAUCAUCAGAGGGUGUCUCCUCACAAGGCGUGACUGAGCACACUCUGUCAUCCCUGGCGUCCGCCUGCACCUCUGUUAGCACCAGCACUGUGGCAUCUUCAUCUUCAUCAUCAGCCAUCCCCCAGCCCAACUCGAGUAGCAAACCCUGGAGAAGCAAAUCUCAGAGCACCAAGCACACUGCAUCCUCCACCGCUACCUCCACGGUGCUUUCCAUCAAACCAGAUCUCCAAGCCAAGCAGCCCGUGCCUGCAGAGCCGCCACCGAAAGCUGUGCCUCAGAAGUCCAUGCUGGAGAAACUCAAACUUUUUAACAGCAAAGGAGGCUCCAAGUCAUCCACGCAAGCAGAGGGCGCCGUUACGCCGACAGGAGGAAAAGAUGCCGGUUUGGUUUUGGAAAGAGUCGAGGCUGGUUCCAAUACAGAACCCAGUGAGGAAAUGGAUGGAAAUGUCAGACCCACAAACGGAUCGAGUGCCGUUACUAUGACAACCAGCAGCCCAAAGAUUGCGCUAAAGGGCAUUGCGCAACGGACAUUUAGCCGGGCGCUCACGGCAAAAAAAGCCUCAACUAAAGCUGUAGAUAAAGAAAAGGAAAAAGAACGAGCUAAAGAAAAAGACAAAAAUGGGAAAGAUGGGUCAAAGCGUGUCCCUUCUUCAGAAAAGGUAGAGAUCAAAGAGGAAGUUAAUUUGGAAGUUGUUCCGUCAAGCAGAGUUGCUUCCUCCGAGGCAGAGCCCAGGAAAACCUCCAAGAUCGCCAGCUUCAUACCCAAAGGUGGCAAAGUGGGCGGUACCAAGAAAGAUAGUCCCGCCCCUGUGCAAAGCGGAAUUCCAAAACCAGGAAGUAAAAACACUGGAAAUGGAGCGGUAAAAAGUUCAGUGUUGCCCUUCGGCGGUAAAGACAAUGAGAGGCCCCGCAGCAUGCGUCUGGGAGGGGGUCUGGGACUUCAUAGGGACAGCCGGCAUUCCUCGUCCUCUUCCAGCCUGGCUUCCACCGAGGGGAAAGGACACCACAGCGCCGCCCUGGUGGCCAAUGGAACACAAUCCACGGCCUGCAACACAGUCAGUGUGCAGCUGCCUCAGCCACAGCAGCAGUACAACCACCCCAACACAGCCACCGUAGCACCCUUCAUGUACAGGUCUCAGAAUGAGGCAGAUGGAAACAUUGGCACAAACCCAAGCUCUGGAUGUCAUAGCAGUGACUCCAGUAGCUUCAGUAAGAUCAACCAGUCUUCUACUGAGGACCUGUCAGGUGAAGAUCCAGAGACCAGACGUCUGAGGACUGUCAAAAAUAUUGCUGACCUGCGGCAGAAUUUAGAAGAGACCAUGUCAAGUUUACGGGGGACGCAAAUCACACACAGCACACUGGAGACCACUUUUGAUGGUAGCGUUACUACUGAAAUGAGCAGUCGUAGCAUCCUCAGCAUGGCAUCUCGCUCUGCACCACUGUCCUGGGCCAGUCGCAUGGGCCAGUCCAGCCCCCGUCUACAAGCAGGAGAUGCUCCUUCGGUUGGUAACGGGUAUCAGUCCCGCAGCGGAGGUGUGGCGUCCGGCCAGGGCCGAUAUCUGUACCAGGCUCCUCUACGGAAGCAGCUGGCAGCGCGUGGCAGCGCCCUCUGUGGCCUGGAGCUGGGAGACAGGGUGGAGGAUCUGGAGCUAGCAGGUGUGGGGUUGGAAGUGAGCGGCUACAUGAGUGAUGGAGACGUGCUGGCUAAGAACGCCCGCUCUGAUGAGCUGACUAGCGGGUACAUGACGGAUGGGGGAUUGAGUCUGUAUACGCGACGUUUGAACCGCUUGCCGGAUGGAAUGGCAAUGGUACGGGAAAGUCUGCAGCGUAACGCCUCCACCGGCCAGGGAGACGCCGACAGUUGGGAUGACAGCAGUUCAGUCAGCAGUGGGGUCAGUGAUGCUAUUGAUACUGAUGACAUUAACACCAGCUCCUCUAUAAGCUCUUACGCCAACACCCCCGCCGCGUCCCGUAAGGCUCAGAACGGACAGCCUCAGACAGAUGCAGAGAAGCAUUCAGCAGUCGAACACAGCACUGCUUGGUCCAGUGAUGAGGUAAAGAUGAAGUCAGAUGGAGGUUUGGAUUGCGGCAUCAAAAUGGAAGCGGGUCUGAAGUGGCGGCGGAACCCUUCAGAUGUUUCAGAGGAGUCGGAUAAGAGCAGCUCUGGACGGAAAACAGCACCUAUCACUCAGACAGGCUCCUGGAGGAGGGGCAUGAGUGCACAGGUGGGCGUGACCACGCCGCGGACGAAGAGUACAGCUGUAACCACAGGAACCGGAAUGAUUAAGACACAAGGUAAAACAGAUGACGCCAAGGUCUCUGAAAAAGGCCGCAUGUCUCCCAGUUCCAACAUCGUCCAGCAUUCCUCCUCCGACGCCGGUCGAAGCAGCGGAGACGAAGCCAAGAAAACGCCUGCAGGCCGAGUCCCCACAAGCACAUUCGGUUUCAAGAAGCCCAACGGCAUCCACGGCCCGGCCACUGUGGUAAGCACCUCCAGCAUCACUCUGGUGACAGCGAGCGGCGCCACUAUUACCAGCGGCUCUGCCACCCUGGGCAAGAUUCCCAAAUCCUCCGGCCUUCUGGUCGGUGGGAGAGGGUCGUUAAAAGGGGCUGUGGAUGGUUUAUUGCCCCCUCAAGAAGAUGGCUACCUGUCCCCCAUUGCUCGUUCAACGCUGCAGUACCGAAGUCUACCUCGACCCUCCCGUUCUGGAGCCACGGCCCGUAAUGGAAACCGAUCGUCCACAAGCAGCAUCGAGUCAAGCUUGAGCUCCCGGACGCCCGUCCUUACUGCCGUCACGACCAGCAAACCAAGAGAUUCUGGCACUAAAAUCAACGGGCAUGUAAUCCAAGCCAAUCAGACGGACAAAGAGAAGGGCGUGGCCUCAGACGUGGACAACCUGAGAACCAAUCCGAUCGUUUCGGGAGGAGGAGCGGCAACUAUUCCACAGACAGCGAGACAGGGAAACAAGUAUAGCGAGGUCUCGUCUCCAACAUUGCGAAGACUUUUUGGUGGUAAGGCUGCUAAACAGGCCCCGGUUACCUCUGCAGAGAGCAUGAAAAACUCAGUGGUCAUCUCCAACCCCCACGCUACCCUUGGCCACACCCAGUCCUCCGGUGGGCCCUUGGACUCCCCCUCCACAAUACCAGGCAGCGGCGGCAGCAGUCCUCUGUACGGGGGUCGCGGGGCCAGCAUAGGGGGCAGCGAACAAGCUUCGAGUCCUGGUUCGGUGUACUCAACGGGCACUGGUACCUGGGGCACCACCAUCAGCAGCUCUUCGGCUCUCGGCUACCCCUCCGUCAGCAGUAUGCACACAAGCAGCGAGUCCAUCGACAUGUCAGUGGGCAGCGGGCAUCACCGUGAUGAUGUCCACCCGGUACUGAUGCGGACGGGUAGUGCCAAGACAGGCAUGUCAGAGAGUCCCCUCUCCUCUCCCUCUGCGAGUCCUAAAUUCAGCCGUAACACAUUGCCCCGGAAGCAAGACAGUGAUUCCUGCAGUGAUAGAAAUACGCUUCCCAAGCGGGGACUCAAGUACAGGUACGCCCCUUCACCACAGCUGCGUCAGGAAGAGGCACGUGAUUGGCUGCGCUCACAUUCGGCCGGUGGAUUGCAGGACUCAGCCAGUAAUUCUCCCUUCUCCACCGGCUCCAGCUUGACGUCACCAUCCGGAACGCGGUUUAACUUUGCUCAGCUUGGAAGCCCCACCACAGCUGCUCAGAUUAAUCUAGCCAGCCUGCGCAACAACAGCCUGACCAAUCAGGACAACCCGCUGGACAGCCAUGGUGAUUCCCGUCUGCGCAACUCCUGCAUGUCUCUGGAUGAGAAGACCCGCACCAUGAGCCGGUCGGGAUCCUUCAGGGACGGGUUCGAGGAAGUUCAUGGAUCAUCCCUCUCGCUGGUGUCCAGCACCUCUUCUGUCUAUUCAACGACAGAGGAGAAAUCACAGUCAGAGAUCCGCAAGCUGCGUCGAGAACUGGACACCUCCCAGGAAAAGGUGUCCGCCCUGACAACGCAACUUAGUGCCAAUGCCCACCUGGUGGCAGCGUUUGAGCAGAGUUUGGGCAACAUGACCAUCCGACUCAAGAGCCUCACCAUGACCGCAGAACAGAAAGACUCUGAGCUGAACGAGUUAAGGAAAACCAUUGAGCUGCUGAAGAAGCAAAAUGCAGUGGCUCAAGCGGCCAUCAACGGCGUCAUCAAUACUCCAGAACUCACCUGCAAGAGUGAACGCACAGGUAAUAAUGGUUCAGCCCACGGAGCGCAGCCGGACCUGCGCAUGCGCAGACAGCACUCAUCUGACAGCGUCUCCAGCAUCACCAGCGCCACCAGCCACUCCAGCCUGGGCUCCAAUAUGGACAACCCUGACUCCAGCAGCAAGAAGAAGAAGAAGAACUGGCUGCGGAGCUCCUUCAAACAGGCCUUCAGUAAGAAGAAAUCACCCAAAUCAGCCUCGUCCCACUCAGACAUUGAGGAGAUGACGGAUUCCUCUCUCCCUUCCUCUCCCAAACUCCCUCACAACGGCACCAGCACCUCGGCACUGCUGCUCCGCAACACACACUCCAGCUCAAUACUGUCAGACUGUCUGGAUGGGGAGGCGGAGACUGUGAUGCAGCUGCGUAACGAGCUGCGAGAGAAGGAGAUGAAGUUGACGGACAUUCGACUAGAAGCCCUAAGCUCCGCCCACCAGCUGGACCAGCUGCGGGAGGCUAUGAACCGCAUGCAGGUGGAGAUCGAGAAGUUAAAGGUGGAAAAUGAUCGUCUUAAGUUGGAAAGCCACGCCAGUGGGAGCAGGGCGUCCUCUCAAGUGUCCGUCUAUAACCCGACCCUGACCCCCACACCUGGCCUGUCUCAACACAGCCUCAACCUCACAGAGUCCACCAGCUUCGACAUGUUGUUGGAUGACUCUGGUGGAGACGGAAGUUCUCGUAAAGAGAGCAGACAUGUGAAAAUAGUUGUCAGCCUUCAAGAGGACGUCACAUGGAAAGAGGGCUGCAAGACUCGAGACUUUCUGAUUGGCUGCAUUGGUGUCAGUGGAAAAACCAAGUGGGAUGUUCUGGAUGGGGUUGUACGGCGCCUGUUUAAGGAGUAUAUCAGGCAUGUUGAUCCGGUCAGUCAUCUGGGCCUGGGUUCAGACAGUGUGGAGGGUUAUCGUAUUGGAGAUGUGAUCCGGUCCAGCGGAGUAGACACACCUGAACUCCUGCCCUGUGGAUACCUUGUGGGAGAGAAUGACACAAUCAACAUCUCGCUGAAAGAUGUGAACUCUCAGUCUGAGGAUUCUCUGGUCUUCGAGACGCUGAUCCCCAAACCCAUGCUGCAGCGCUACGUGUCUUUGCUCCAGGAACAUCGCCGGAUCAUCCUUUCAGGCCCCAGCGGCACUGGAAAAUCCUACGUGGCCCACAGACUGGCAGAGCAUCUGGCGCUGCGAGAGGGCAAACUGCCCAAUGAGAGCAACAUCGUCACCUUCAACGUCGACCAUAAAUCCAGCAAGGAGUUGCGUCAGUACUUAGCAAAUAUAGUGGAGCAGUGCAGCGCUGACGGACAGGACACUGAAGCCCCUCUGGUGCUCAUUCUGGACAACCUUCAUCACAUCAGCUCACUGGGAGAGAUCUUCAACGGCUUGCUUAACUGCAAAUACCAGCGCUGCCCAUAUAUAAUCGGCACGAUGAGUCAGGCAACAUCUUCUGCUCCAAACCUGCAACUUCAUCAUAACUUCAGAUGGGUGCUGUGUGCUAAUCACAUGGAGCCGGUGAAAGGUUUCCUGGGCCGGUUUCUGAGGAGGAAGCUGAUCGAGACAGAGAUCGGCAACCGAACACGUAACCCGGAGCUGGUGAAGAUCAUAGACUGGAUCCCUCAGGUCUGGCACCACCUCAACCGCUUCCUGGAGGCCCACAGCUCCUCUGACGUGACCAUUGGUCCACGUCUGUUCCUGUCAUGUCCGAUGGAUGUGGACGGUUCUCGCGUUUGGUUCACUGACCUGUGGAACUACUCCAUCAUCCCCUACAUGCUGGAGGCUGUCAGAGAAGGCUUACAGCUGUAUGGUCGCAGAGCUGCAUGGGAGGAUCCUGCGCUGUGGGUUCUGGAGACUUUUCCAUGGGCAGCUUCUCAUCAGCACCCUGAUUGGCCAGCUUUGCUGCAGCUCCGCCCAGAGGACGUGGGCUUCGAUGGAUACUCCGCCUCCAGAGAGGGUCUUAACAAACAGAGUACUCAGAGUGACAGUGAUGCCGACCCACUGAUGAACAUGCUCCUGCGUCUGAAAGAGGCGGCCAGCUGCUCCAGCCCGCAGAGCUACGACAGCGACUCCAAUAGUAACAGUCACCAUGACGAUAUCCUGGACUCUUCGCUGGAGUCCACACUAUGAUCCAGCCUGAGCCGUUAUGCCAUUUAACUCCUCGACUCUAAUGCCAGCCGAGGCAGCAAAGUCAAGUCAUUACAUCACAUCUGCGGGUGCUGGUAACCCAAAUAUAGAAUGAUGCAUCAUAUAUAAAAAUAUAUAGAGAGAGAAAUAUAUAUGCGCCAAAACUCAACGGUACUUCAGUUUUAGUUUUACAACAACAAAAUCAGAAGAAAGUGCUUUGUCCCAAUUUUUACCUCGAAAGUAGAAGUGCGGUCACAUUAGCUAAAUUUUAUGGACAAAAGGGUUCAUUGUCUGUCGUCAAUAAUGUAGCGAUGUGUGAAACAGAGUUCACGCAAUUCACUUUCAAACCAAACGGUGAAUCCGAGUGAAUCUGCUGCGAAAUCUGCGUAGAUAAAAUUUCCACCAUCACACGAAAUACCCGAUUACAUGGAUUCCUAUUGAAAUGACUGGAUUUCACCUACAAAAAUUCGCCAAACUUCGGUAAAUGUGACCGCACCUUACCUGUUGGAGAAACUUUCGCACACAAUGCAAUGCUCAUUUGUCUUACCCUCUACUGGUGAAACAGAGGAAUUACAUCUUAAAACCAUCAGCGUCUCCUUCCUCAACAGACCACUGUCAUCACUCCAAAAAACACUGACUUACCCCGUAUUGAUGGACUUGCUCAUGACUUCACAAAACCAGCUUGAUCGGAUGCUGACCAUCGUUUCAUGUUUUACAUAAGGAUGAAAUAGCAUGGUGCUACACUUAUGAUUUUGGAUUUAUUUAUUGUGAUGAUUGGAAAAAAUACCUCGCUUGCCAUCUGGGACGUGUUUUUGUUAGCCUUUCUGCAUUUUUUUUUUUUUUUUUUUUACCACCCGUUCCUUAACUGCUGACCGCAUGUUCCAGUGUUCUACUGUAGCACAAAGCCUGUCUAUCUAUUUUUUACACUAGAUCGCGCUCUGUUUUUGGUGCUGAAUAGAAUCUGGUGCCUUACUCCAUUUUUGAAAAAAAAAAAAAAAAUGGCACUGUUUUAUACUUCUGAAAAAUGCUGAUUUUAGUAACUACAGGGCUCUAAGCUAGUCCUUUGAAUUUGCCUAAAAUAAACAGCCUCACAGUCAUCAUAUCAUAUCAGAGGUACAAAAUGUGUGGUUUAGAAAAGAGGAAGUGGAUAAAGGGAGCGGCAGGGCGACUGUAAUCGCCAUCUGUAUUAAAAUUCACAUUUCUAAGCAAAGUUGCUAUACAGUUAAAGGGACAUUUUACUUUCAAACAUGUAUGAGAAAAAUGAUGCUUUUUUAUAUGUGAAAUAUAUAUGAUCACUACUGGCACAGGUCAUCUUGAGUGGUUCAGCUGGAAGGCUUUGCUUGGUGCUUUAAGACCGUCUCAACACAUCUUGGCAAAAGCACAGUGAGAAAUUGUUCAUAAUUUGGUGUAUGAGUAUACCUCAUUGACCAUUUUGGCCUUUUUCAUGUACAUAUCUUGCAUUCAAUGUGAAAGAAACGUCCACAUAGUCAUUGGAUUAAUAAUAAUAUACUGUAUUUGCUGCUUUGUGAUGCAAGGAUGCUUCUGGAGGAUUUGUACAUAAAAUUUUAUCUUUGAUUCUCUAUAAAGGAACAUUAUUUGGAUGGACAGUGAGUUUCCUUGCAUGGGAAAGCAUAAUAUAUAGGGCUCUUCAGUGUUUUCACCCUCUGUACGUUGUCGAAUGCUGUUGGUAUGGCGCUGCAGGGUUUUAGUCACACCGUUGCUUCCAUUUCACUCCAGCGUAUGAUUCCUGUCAGUCAUCGAUCCUAUGCAACAUUAUCGUGGAUUUCAAAUGGAAGCCAAAUAUCGUAGCUCUGUAAUGCUGUCAGCACUGCCAAUACGUUGUGUGUACACUGUGUAUAUAAUUUGUGAAUAAUUUUAGGAUAUGUGCCUAAUAUUCAUUUUCUUUGAUGGAUUAUGAUGAUGAUGAAGUCAUUUUAAGCACAAAUGUUGUAUGUGAUUGUUGUAACUGAAAUGGGAGGGCUAUAACUGAAUGGAUUUCAUGUCACUGAAUGUGUAUACAUCGUUUCUGGCUGUAAUAUAUUAAUGUAAAUAUUUGACUACCCUGCAGGCUGCAUUUUGAUGAAUAAUCUUUUUUCUAGCCGUUUAUAACAGUGCUUGGAAAUAUGGAAUAUUUUGUGUACAGUGUCUUUUUCAUCUUAACAGUCCCACAGAUGGUCUGUGAAACACAGGCAGCCCAUAAAGAUUUACUGAUCACCUUACCAGUUUUAAAUUAUUUGUAAUUCAAUAAACCUAAUAAUUA